CCGAAGACGGGGGAAGAGGGAGGAAGCAGGCGGGUUUGUAGCCGUGCUCGCGUCCGCUGAGAAUGAUUGACGGCUCCUCGCGGGCACGCUGCCGGUGUAAACGCUAGCCGCUCGCUGUUCGUAUUUAGUGGGCCCUCCGGUGCCUGUUGGGAUGAUGACAGACUUUUGACAAUCCACAAGGAUUCGGACAUUGGCUUGAAAGAAGGCGGAAAACAUCCUCGGAGGGUUGCGCGAGAUAAAUCGGUGAAGGGCGAUGGAGCAGCAGAGACAGAGAGCUCUGUCCACGUCAGGAGAAUCAUUGUACGCGGUUUUGGGAGUCGACAAGAAUGCAACAACUGAGGACAUCAAGAAAUGUUACAGGAAACUGGCAUUAAAGUUUCACCCAGAUAAAAAUCCUGACAAUCCAGAAGCGGCUGAGAAGUUCAAAGAAAUAAACAACGCUCAUGCCAUUUUGAGCGACGGCACCAAGAAGAACAUCUACGACAAGUACGGCUCCCUGGGCCUCUAUGUGGCCGAGCAGUUUGGAGAGGAGAAUGUCAACACCUACUUUGUCCUGUCCAGUUGGUGGGCCAAGGCCUUGUUUGUCUUCUGCUGCUUGUCCACCGGUUGUUACUUCUGCUGCUGCUUGUGCUGCUGCUGCAACUGCUGCUGUGGCAAAUGCAAACCUCGGCCGCCCAUGGACCAGGAGCCUGAAUUCUACGUUUCCCCUGAGGACCUUGAGGCCCAGAUGACGGCCGACGAGAGAGAUGGCGUCAACGAGCCCAUCGUGAUGCAGCCAUCCUCUGCUACAGAAACCACGCAGCUCACCGCCGAGGCCCACCAAAGCUACCGGACUGAUUCAUAUUAGAGAAGAAACACACACUCAUGCACACAUACAUGUAUAAACAUACUCUCCUACCUCCAUGGCUUUUUCAUGUUCUAUAAUCCAUAAUCAUUUGUUUGUUCCAUUUUCAGUUGGAAAUCAAAAAAACUAAAUUCUAACUGGUUGUUUUUGAAUCUGAGACAACAAAAAUAUUAACAUAAGAAUUUGAUUUUAGUAGUUGAUCUGGUCUACUUUAUGCAACCUUAGCGCUUGGUAAUGAGCGUCAGUAAAGAUUUGUUCGCCUGUUAACCGCCACCAAUCGUCCAAUCAGUGACCAUGAUUGAGCAAAUGAUCCAUCAACCAGAGUAGAUUACAUAUUCUAUCGUAGAACAAAAUGUGACACUUAAGGAGGAAGUUGCUGGUCCUGCAAUAGCUUUCACUGUUGUUGGUUUUUUUUUUUUUUGGUCUGGAAGCAUUGUUUAUUACACCAAUUCAAAAUCAAACGGAACGCUUCCUUUGGACUAUAAAGGGUCCAAGAGUCUAAACUCGAGUCAUAUCAAAUCACCAUCACUAUUAGUUUGCUCUUUCAACCUUUGUACAGUGAACAGCAGGGAUAUGCGUAGGUGUAUGCAAUUCAUCAGUUUUCUUUGUCUAUGAUUAUAUAUAGUUAAUCCAAGGCCAGGUGAUGAUAUUAAUCUCUGUGAUGCUGUAUGAAAUAUAGCUGUCACAGUACAUCGAUUUGUAUUGAUAUAUUGAUUGGUUAGGCAACCAAGCUAACUGAUGGAACGAAAAACAUUGAUUGACAUUGUCAUAUUAUAGAUACUAUGCCAUUUUGUUAAAUUGCUUUGUAUUUUUUAUUGCUCCUGGUUAACUGUAACUGAUUCUGUUAAAUGUGUGCAUAAAUAAUAUUGCAUUAAAUCGAUUGAAGUCCCGAGAGACGUAUUGGAUCGUGGCAGACUAUGUAAUAUCGGCAAAUAUCGUAUCGUCCAACCAAUGGACAUCAUAAUGUAUUGAGUGAAAUUGGUGAUUAACAUCCCUAGUCCCAAAAUAUUAAGGGUACUUCCUGAUGCAACGCUACAGCCUGUGAAUUAUUUUAUUGUCGUGGCAAUUUGGCCAGCACUGGAGUUGUUAAAUGAAUGGCUUGACAGGCCAUUUAUUCAUGACUGCAUGGAAAUGUUCUUACUCUGUGCACAAGUUGAGUGUCAACACAUGUCCUGGGACUGCAAAAUGUCUUCACAGAAAAAUGCAAGUAUGCAAAUAUCCAUCUGUCACAGUUUGGAAUAUACCUGUAUGCUAAUACAUGUAUACAGGGCCAUUCCGAAAUGUUUUUAAAAAAAAAAAAAUAAAAAAAAAGAAAUAAGAAAUAAGGAGGGGAUUUUACUGACAGAUUUUGAUUACAUGUCAACAUAGUCACUAUACUUAACAUUAAUUCUUAUUUUCAUCUUGUGUGCUGUGUGACGUUUGAUAUACAGCUGAUACAAGCGGUUACCUUAGUUCUAGUGUAAUAGUAUACAUUUUACAAAGAUGAAAAUAUGGUAAGUGCGAUAGAGAAGAAAACGUGGACCUUGCUUUAUUUGGAUUGUAGCGACUGACAAGUUCAUGUAUCUUUACUGAUGCUUGUUUCCACAUUUCCAUGUCACCAAAAAUGUUAAAAUCAAUUUCAUUCCUGUAGCCUGUUUUUCAAUUGAAUACAUUUUUUAUCUGAGCCUAAUACAUGAAAAAAGCUUGUUUUAGAUUAAAAAAACAAAAACGACAAAAUAUUCGGUCACUACUUUGUUUUUUAUAUAUACUUUUUUUCAAUCACCAAUGCACAAGGAAAGAAGUAUACAGUACAUAUGUUCUUCCAACAUGAUUCGUCCAAGACACGCAUUUUGCUAAAUGGUUUUAGUUGUCACCUUUGUCAUCACUAAUCAUUGACACUUUAUAAUUUGCAAAUAUUCUCACUGUCUUGUGUGUAGUUUUGUUUUUGUUGUCGAGUGCUUUGUGAGAAACAUGAAUGCUGGACUGUCUUGAGCUUUGUCGGCGUGUCGUUUGUGGGACGUUUUUCCACUUGUGAAGUUGACCCUAUUUCCUAAAAUAUUUACUCGACUGUACAGUGUUAGGCUUCUUUUUGAGAAGAGGAUAGAAGGGAGGUGUCUUAUUGAGGAAAAAACCUUAAACAAGAUAGAUUGAUAAACUACUGAAACCUUGACAUUCCUCUGCAUGCACACACACACACACGCCCACACACACACAGUGCAACAGAGCGUCAUCUAGCGUCACACCAUGUGGUCAUGUGACUUCCUGCAAGAGAACACAGUUUUGUGGAAAUGAAAACGGUGACAAUGCAACUGCUUCGUCAUUAUGUCUCCUUCCAUUGUUCCUCCAUUUUCCUUUGUCUCCGCCCACCAUGGUUCCUCUGUGUUCUCUCUUCCUCCUUCAGGGUUUCUUUAAACCACCAAACAGCAGACGUGUGACCUGAGUGAAAGACAAAUCAAAAUGUUUAGACUGUUAAGUUCUAUUUUAAGUCUGAAGAUAGUGACUAGAUGAUAAUAUUGUUGUAUUUAUUUCCUGUUUUUAACUUUUUAACCUGAAAUGAAUUGAUAUAUAAGCUUGUAAAUCUUUGGUCUCGUGUCAGACCCUUAUGUUAGUAUGCAAAUUGUACUCUUUGAAUGAUUCAUCAGCAGAAGAAUAAACAUUUCACAUCUGUUUUGGUCUGGGAAAGCAUGUUUUUCUU